AUGCAAGUAUUUGAUAAUUUGGCUUUAUAAGAAGUUUAAUCUAUAAAUAUCGAUGGGUCUCCUGAUAGAUUGAAAGAAAUAAUCAGAAUGAUUCUAUAAGAAUUGAAUUAAAUGGGAUACGACGAUGUCUGCAACACACUUGAAGAGGAAUCUUAAACGAAACUAGACACCUCUUAAAUGAGCGAGUUGAAAGAAUCCUUUUUAAAUGGAGACUACGAGAAGCUUUUGUAAUAAUUGGAAUUUUCAGACACCAUCAAUAGAAAAUUAUAAUAUGAAAUAUAAAAAUAAUUAUACUUAGAGUUAGUUCAAUAAAGGAAUUAUGAAUAAGCAGUCAAUUUGCUAAGAUAAUUGUCAGAGUGUAAUGAGCAGGAGUCACAAGUUUUAGCUAAAAUGAUAUUUCUUAAGGAUGAUGCCUCUUAAUUGUAAACUUAAUUAGCGAUACCCAUAGAUUAAAGGGAAUAAAGAUUAUAACUAUAUUAGAAAACAAUAAACCUAUUGAAUUUUGGAGAAUUUUCAUUAAAAACACAGUUUGAUAAAGUGAUUGAUCAAUCAUUUGAAUAUUAGAUGAAGCGAUGUCCUUAUCAUGAUGAUUCGAAUGAGAAUAAGAAUUACUCAUUGUUGCUUGAUCAUAAUUGCUAAUCUUAUUAAAUACCUAAGAAUAAUUCGAUUACCUAUUAGGGAUUUGAUGAUGAAGUAUGGAUUGGUAGGUUCUCUAAUUCAGGUCUGUGGAUUGGUUGUGCAACCAGAAAAAAUUCGAUUUAUAUAAUUUCAAAGGAAUAGCAAUGUAAAAUAAGCAAGGCACAUAAUAUGGAUAUAAAUUCACUUGUUUUUUCAUCAGAUGAUAAAUUGUUGUUUUCAGCAUCAAAUGAUAAAAAAAUCAAUGGAUAUGAUGUGUAGACUGCUUAAUUAAAAGUAACAAUGAAUUAAUAUACUAAUGAAGUGCUGUGUUUAGCCUAUUUUAAAAAUCAACUAUUUAGUGGUGGUGUAGAUGGAUGGAUAGGAAUAUGGUAAGACAAUGGAAAAUUGGUGAAUUAAGUAAAAAGUAAAGUAGUGAAGAAUAUUUUAAUGACUGAUUAAUACAUGUUGCUUCACAAUGCAGCAAUAUUUUCAAUUACUGUUAUUGAGAAUGAUUCUAAAUUUAAUAAAAUAAUAACUCAUUUGGAGGAAUAAGAAUUGAUUGUUUCAUCAGCAGUCAGUCAAAAUUAACAAUUCAUAGUUUUGAAUGUCUCAAAGGAAAAGUCAAAAUUGCAUCUGUGGAGUCUGAAAACCUUUUAAAAGUUACAUGUAUUCUUUGGAUUUUAAGUAAAAGGAAUAGAAAUGAAGUGUUGCUUUGGAAGUAAGAAUGAUAAUUAUGUUUGUGUCGGGAGUCAAGAUGGUAAAGUACACUUCUUCAAUAAAAACAAUCAAUUGCAAUAAAAUGUCAUUGAUGGACACGAUCAAGCUAUCAAUUAUGUUGAUUGGCAUAGUUAAACAGGGUAAUUGUUGACUGCAAGUGAUGAUAAAACUGUCAAAAUAUGGAUUCAGGAAUAAAUCACAUAAUCGUAGAUAAUUAAUGUCGGUUAUGAAUAUGAUUAACCAUCGAAUUCGUAAUAUGGUGAAAUUGAAGAAGAACAAGAGGAUCACGAAGAGGAAGAAUACUCAUAAUAAUUAGAUGUAGAUUAAUCAAUUUGA